AUUGUGCACCGGUGACAAUGGAAACUAGUGGGAGACCGGAGGCGGAGAGUAGGUGGAGACGACUAAAAGAUUCUGUCGUUCAUUUCUAUUUUAAUCCGGGUACAAUUUUUUAUAAAAUAGGUUUAAGUAUAGGCAAUAACCCUUGGCUGUGGCUGAUAACAUCGUUAUGCCUGAGUGGAGUCUGCGGUUCUGGGAUGUCUCUGUGGAGGGAGGAAGUAGACGAUGUUGAAUUAUAUAUUCCCAUGAAGGCAGCUCUGAGGUCAGACGCCUCCUGGGUCAAGGAACACUUCAAAGAUGAGCUCACAUAUGCGAGCAUCCUCGUCACAGCCUCCAAUGUACUAGACCCCGAGGUCCUGCGUUCGAUAUCCGAGAUGGAAGACGUAGUCAAGGGAAUAGUAGUCAACGGCGAUUCCUGGUCGGACGUGUGCGCCAGGUACUUGACGUGGUUCUCAAAUGUCACGUCAAUCGAGGAACUCGAGAGGGACUACCCCCUGCUGGCAUACGGCACUUUCCGUGAUUUUCUACGAAAAGACUCUUGCAUCUAUCAAUCUAUCCUGAAAUUGUGGCCAGAAGGUGUAUCCAAUCUGACCCUCGAGGAAAUAUCUCGGGACGUCACCGAGGCAUUCCACGAAACGAAAAACGACAACGGAAUAUUAAUGGACAUAUCGCCCUUGCUCUCGACUCUGACGUACGACGGAUCGGGCCACGUGAUAGGUGCAAAAGGUACAUUAUUGAACUUCCUGUUGAAAAAAUCAAAUGCAAAUUCGUCAGCCUGGGAACUGGAGUUCAUCGAAAAAGUGUUGUACUCGAACCGUACAAUUCCCAGAGGUAUGAGAAUUUACGCACUAGCGUCACGAAGUUUCCACGACAUCCUCGAUCGAGUCCUCGAGAACAACCUGGCAAUUCUCUUCUGCGGUCCCAUCCUCAUCAUGAUCUACGUUGCAGCGAUGAUUGGCAGAUGUAACAAGGUCCAGCAACGAAUUUAUCUGUCACUACUGGGUGUCUCAGUGACAGGCCAAGCAAUAUUGUCCGCCUACGGUGUCUGCUUCUACUUGGGGUUCUCCUACGGUCCUGUCCACCCAAUCCUACCAUUCCUCCUCCUCGGAAUCGGUGUCGACGACAUGUUCGUGAUUAUUCAGAGUCUGGAGACGCUGACAGAGAUUGAAAAAAAUUCUCAACUACCUGUACGAAUUGCCAAAGCACUCGAGCAAUCGGGAAUGUCUAUAACGGUAACUUCAUUAACAAAUGUCAUUGCAUUCGGCAUCGGGAUGACCACAGUUAUGCCAUUCCUCAAAUCAUUCUGCAUGUUCGCUGCUAUGGGAAUAUUCUUCUUGUUCGUUUACGAAGUUAUGUUCUUCGUUAGCUGUCUUGUACUUGACGAGAGGCGAGUUGCUUCCAAUAAAGACGGAUGCUUCUGUACGAAGAGAUCCCAGUGGCGGCCGAACGAGUGCAGCCAGAGGAAUGUGCAGAGAGUGAUAUUCCAGGAGUUCAUUGGACCCCUUUUGAUGUGCCGACGAGUGAAGUUCCUGGUCAUCUCUAUGGCUGCUUUAUUACUGGGUCUCAAUGUCUGGGGUAUUUGUCGGCUCGAUCGGAAUUUCGAGCCUCUACUGUACCUGAAUCAGGAAUCAUAUCCCAUUGAAUUUUCUGAGAAGCUCUUCGAGCUAUUUCCCAACUACGGACGCCGAGCUGAUAUUUACUUCGAUAGUGUGGAUUACUGUGAAGAUAGAGAGGCACUUGGAGAGAUGAUCAAGGCACUUGAGAACAAUAGUUAUGUAAACAAACGGACCUUGAACUCGUGGUUCACGAGGUAUGGCGAGUGGUUGGAGGAAAGGUAUCAAGGUGUUGGGGAUUGCGAGGAGUAUUACGGAAAACUCUCGGAAUUUCUCUUCAUGAGCAAAGAGGGACAGGCAUUCGUCAGAGACAUGAAGUUCGAUGGAAUUCCCAUUAGUGAUUAUAAUAUUACGAUAACUAAAAUUGGAUUGCAACACGUAACAAUACCCACGGCACACGAGCGAGAGCAUGCGAUGGAAUCCAUCCGCGAAAUAAUCCAGAGCGUUAAUUUCUCAAAGGGAAACGAGCACUCAGCGAUUUUCGCUCACGACUACGUCUAUUGGACGGCAAAUCAAAUAAUUGGUGACGAAUUAAUCAGAAAUCUGAUCCUGGAAAUUCUGGCUGUGAGUGUGGUUAGCAUGCUAUUACUCCGUGAUUUAUGGGUAUCCUUUUGGGUAAUUUGUUGCGUACUCUUCACGUUAAUUGAUCUACUGGGCUCAAUGUAUUAUGUGGGAUUAACUAUUGAAAUUUCAUCGAGCAUCAUGAUUCUCCUCUGUGCCGGACUGGCUGUUGAUUAUGCAGCACAUGUGGGAUUAGAAUUUACAAGAGCCAGGGGCACACGAGAUGAGAGAUCGAUUUCUACUUUGGGAUUAAUAGGCCCUGCAGUAUUCAAUGGCGGUUUGAGUACAUUUCUGGCUUUUAUGUUGUUGGGAGCCAGUAGAGAUUAUCUCUUCAGUAGUUUUUUCAAGUUAUUCGCAGCAGUAGUUGUUUUCGGUCUAUUCCACGGAUUAAUUUUUCUCCCAGUAAUACUGAGUCUGCUGGGAUCAGAGAAGAAGAAGGAGAAUGAAAAAACCGAUAACCCACCGUGGGAGCCCAAUAAAUAUUGUACACUCCCUCUUCCACAUCCCAACAAUGGGAAAUGACUCAUUCUCCUCCAUUGAAUAGGAUUAAAUAUGUACUAGUUCUCCAUUGUGAUCAACAGUUGACUAUCAACAAUUCGUAGGAACAAAAGACUGUUUAGGAUUAAAUAGGCAAUACAUAAAUAAAUUGGAUUAGAC